ACUGAAUUCUCUCGUGACAACAAUAACAUCGGAUUCCGAAGGUACGGUAGAAGUUGCUUCUCUACGACAAUAUUCGAAUGCAAUUGCGGUGAAAACGAAGAGAAAAGAAUACAGCAAUGACAUCAUCAUCGAAAAAAAGUAGCCGACAAUUGACUUCCGCCAUCUUGGUGGCUCUUGCAAUUUCUUCAAAUCCGCAGUUUGCAGAUGCGUUUGUUCCGCCAACGAACUCCGUGACGACAUCAGAGUCACGGAGCACUCCGGCCCUUCUUGCUGGCUUUGGAUCAUCUGCUUCCCCUUCUCCUAAGAACAAAAAAAAAGGGAAAAGGGGGAAAACAAAGAAUACGAGUGAAACCCCCGACCAGCUGAAGCAGCGGUGGGCCAAUAAGAUGAAAAAGGUUUACGGGGGGACUUCGAAAGAAGCCAUUGCAGCUGGUACCGAGAAACGAAUCGCACACCUGAUGAAAAAUUCUUUGGACGAAUCCGUUCAAAAGGCCUUGGAACUCCGAGAAAUCGUCCAGAUGUUCGAACGUCGAAUUACUGGGAUGGGGCCGGAGGAUAUUCGCCAACGAUACAGCCAAGAGGAACUCGAGACAGCAAUCCAGAAUCGACGAACAUUUGAAGAACACAUGGAGACCAACGAUUUGACCGAAGAGGAUCUCCAAGUGGCCAUGCAAAAGCUUACCUGGGACGCAAGUGCCGAUGCAAAGGCCUGUCGAUCAGUGACCGGAAACAUGCCGGCCACUUUCAAGAACCGUGUUACAAAGGCAGCACAAGUUGCAUACGAGGCUGCUACCGACAAGGAAAGCUUGGUCCUGGAUGUUGGUUGCGGGUAUGGAGUCCUGGUGCCCUUUCUCAAAAAGGCCGGAUUCAAGCCUAGCCAAAUCCAUGGCGUUGAUUUGUCCGGUGAAAUGAUUGGGCACGCCAAGUCGUUUUACCCCGACGUGGCUUCCAAGGGCAGCUUCGAAGCUAGGGACUUCUUUGGCGACACCGAGGACGACCAAAAAAACAAAUACAGCUCCGUGCUCUUUUGCUCGGCCCUGCACGACUUACCCGAUCCCAAGCGUGCAUUGCUGAAGGCCAGGGACGACCUCUUGGAUGGCAAGCCGGGAAGCCGCUUGGUAAUUGUUCACGCCCAGGGGGCAUUUCACGUCCUGAAUCAGAACAAACAGAACCCCCUCUUGGUGCCCCGCGGACUGCCAACGUCGGCCGAGUUGAAAGAAUGGCUCUGUGAGGAAGGAGAGGACUCAGGGAAAUCRAGCAUGAAGCUAGUACAUGAGCCCGCCGAACCGAAGUCUCAGCAAGAAGUACGGGAAGGAUACCUUGCAGUUUUGGAAACGGUUUAAGAAUUGCUAAUAGUGACCAUGCGUACUGUGUUGAAUCAAAACAUUGCGAUAGC